AGUCUUUGUCAACAUGUCGUCGUGGAUUGUGUCCACCACAGAGCUGCACAACUGCGGCGGUAUCCAUGGCGGCCCUGGAUCUGGCACAUCCCGGCACAAGCGUAUGGUCCUCAUGGUGUGGCACAGUCUGACGGAGAAAUGCGAGAAAUUUGGACAGUUUCUGAGGCGGGAGACGAACAAACCGCUGCCGAAAGAGCUGCGCCGAUCGCUGCGAUUAAGUAAGUCGUCCAAACGCAAAGGCUAUCGGCCGUGGGAGAGUGAGGCUGAUAAACGUCUCAUGCAAGAGCGCUUGAAUGAGCCCAUUAAUAUUUCCAUACGAAUUGGACCUGCCUACGACUUUAGAAACUCAAACUGCUGAUUGCUGUAGUGGUGCGUCACCGUAGAUAAGUUAGCUGUAAG